AUGGAUGUUGGAAGAGAAUUCUCCUCUUGGGAAAGUUUUAUUCAUACUCUGGAGCAAUACUCCAAAGAACAGAAGGUGGCAUAUGUCGUUGGAACAUGCAAGUCGGUGGAGACAGCAAACAAACACGAGGCUCUUAAAAACAAGUUUCCUGUCAGAUUCAAGUAUUGCUUUGCACGGAUGCUGUGCAAGCAUGAAAGCAACUAUAGUGUUCACAGCAACAGGCUUAGAUCUCAUCAUAGAACAUGUAAGACUGGGUGCACCUCAUCUGUAUUGAUAUCAGUCAACAAGAAAAGAACAGCUUUGGUCAUCAAGGAGGCAAAUCUGCAGCAUACUCAUGAAAUCUCUGAGAAAUCCUUCAGCAGAUAUACCCAGAAUCUUAGACUGCAAGGAGAAGAGCGUCGUAUGGCAAGUGUUCUUUUGAGGUCAGGAGUACCCCUAAGCCAAGUGCAGGAAUUUAUCUCCAGUGCUUGCAGUAAAGACAGGGAUGUUCAGAAUCUCAAAGGCAGUAUAAAGGGCACUUUAUCAGAGAAGGAAGGUCAUGAAUAUGCUUUCUUGAGUGACCUCGAUCAGUUAAUGGCUGAAGAUCCGGAAUCUGUUGUAGAGAUGAUCAACUUUUCUCUUGUCCCUAGAGCCAUAUAUAUCCAGACAUCUGAAAUGACAAGGAGAAUGAAUUCAUUAUCAGAUGGGCGACUCCAGAUCGUCACCCAUGAUAUUAAUGAUGGUAAAAUCUCUGUAAUCAGCAUCAUUGCACUUGAUAGCAAUCUCACUCCACAUAUUCUUGCAUUGUGCAUUACCAUCUGUGAUACUGAAUCAGUUUUCCAAUACUUUCUGGAAGCAUUUGUCAGAGAAAAUUCUGAGUUUUGUGACUCUUUGACUGGAGUUGUGCUAGACUGUUCCAAAGACAAUGCAGACUUUCUCCAACAGUUAAUUCCACAAGUCUCAGUGGCUUGGAGCAGAUCAUAUGUAUUAAACAAAUUGACAGAAGUUAAAAAUGGUACCAAGGAUGUUCAAAAGAUUAUUCAACUUCGUAAAGAGCUAAUGAAUUCUAAUUCUGAGGAAGCAUAUGAGAAAAAACUUAAGGAUCUUUUUGAUUCAUGUUCCGCCUUCAGAGAGUUGUGGACACAGUACGAAAUCUCAUCGCAUGCCGAAUUACAGCAUCAAGAGGCAUCAGUAGAGGUGGACUUUGUUAACUUUUUGAAAACAUAUGUCAAACCAUCUAUGAGUCUGUCCGAAGUCAUUAAGGCUUUACUAAAAUUAUGUCAAAAUAAAGAGCCCGAGACAGCAGACAGAGAUAAAUCUUUUGUAAGUAAUGAUCCUAGUUGUGAACAUUAUCAACAACUUUGCUUUCCUGAGGCAGCACAGGCUGUGAUCUGUCAGCUUUCGAUUGCUCUCAGCAGCUGCUAUGAAAUCAAAACUCAGACAGAUAUGAUAUUUGUGAAGAAGCUAGACACAGGUGAUGAGUUUAUGCUGGAUACUUUAGGCAGCAAGUGCACUUGUCAGUACUUUUUAGAUACAGACCUGCCAUGCCAGCAUAUCUUUGCAUGGCUUCAUUCUACAGGUAAAUCUUUGUACAGUGAGUUGCUGAUACCUGCCAAAUGUCAAGUGUUUGGUAGAGCCAUCACACUUGAUGCUCUUGCUGAGUCAUUGGCUCAGGGCUAUGUUCCAUCCUCUCGACUGCAUGAUGAAAGGCUGAAAGAACUGCAGAUAGUUUUGAAAGACACACUGUCUUCCUGUUGCUCACAUUCUUAUGAACAAAUGGGCAAAGAUUUGAUUUUAUUAAAGCAGGUUUAUAAUAUUAUGAAAAACAACUGUGCACAUAAUGCCACAUUGUUGAUAAAUGCGGAGAAGAAAGAGUCUCUGCAUGAAGCUCCAACAGAGACUACUGCUUCUGCAACACCAGCUCCUAAAAAACGAGGUCGUCCAAGUAAAAAACCUAAACUGCAGCAAGAAAUGAACUUACAACCACCAGAUAAAAGAAGUUCUGUUUCAAUAGAAAAGACACAAAUCACACCCCCAGUUAUGAGACAUAACUUGCGCACAAAUAUCAAGCAUAAGUUCGUCACAAGAGAGCUUCGAACUACAAAUGAACAGAUUUCUGACACACCAAAUAGUGCUAUACAACAAAAGACUGUGUCGGGAGCAGGCAAGGCUGUUCCUGCAAAUAAAAUGGAGCUUUCACAUAGUACUUCAAAGUAUACUAACUCUGUCUCAUCUCCAGAAGUUUCAGAAGAUGAGGUUUUGACUGAUAACACCAUGAAUACCUUAUCUGUUAAAAAUAAAAUCAAACAGAUAUCAAAGGAAUAUAUUGACGUCAUCAAAGAGCACCUUCGCAAAUUCUGCAGAGAAUAUCAUGAACAUGCCUAUCAAGUCGCCGCCUGCAUCAUCUGCCAAGCAUUUCUGACCCAUGUCCCCAUCGCUGACAUGCUGCAGGCAGUCAGAGCUUGGCCCAGCCAUUUGCCAGAGCUGCCAACAUCAAGGACUCUUGAAGCUGAGGUGUCUCUUGCAGUGGGACAGACUUUAACCAUCUGUGGACAUAAACUGAAUCAACUGGACAUGGACACCUUGAAACCUGACAGGGAAAUCAGUCCAAAG